UCUCUUGCCCGUUUCUCUCUCUCUCUCCCGUUCCAUCGACCCAGGUACACCGUUCUCUUUGCCGUCUGGCGGGUCUCAAAACACCAUUUCGUUUGUUUUCGCAGGGUCCCCCUAUUUCUCUCUCUUCCUCGUCCUCUCUACUUUCUCUCUCUUCAUAGAUCACAAAAACCUUGACGCGAGGACACCGCAAAAUCCCCUUCGUCCCUCCCCCCCUCUCUCUCUAGAUCUGAACCCUCGCUCUCUCCACCUCCAAUUCGACCCUCUCUCCACAGACAGCGGUGCAAAAUUAGGGCUUUGUGCCCCCUCCAUCAAUCAGGCCCUCGAUCUCCACGAUGUGCAGGUUUGCAAGCUCUGAGCAUGGGGUAAUUGGUUCUCUCGGAGAUUUCUAGGGUUUCUUUGCUACUGUUAAUUGGGUCCCUGGUCUUGGCUAGGGUUUCGCCAUGUGCCGCCCUGAAACUGUUCCUUGACGGCAUCUACUGUUAGGUUUUGGCUGAAACCAGGGUUUUUGAGACUCGGAGGUUUCUGAAGAAGAAGGGAUUGAUGGUUUGGCUUUGGGGUUUUUGGCAAAAACAAAUUGGGGAAGAUGCAAGGCUAUGCAUGGGGGGGAAGGUGAGGAUCGAAAUAGAGAUUGGCACAUGUGGUCAGUCCCUGAUCUCAGUACAGUAGCCAAUUCAAAUACCAGUGCUACCAGCUCUUUCCUCAAGGAUGGACGCAAGAUCAGUGUUGGCGACUGUGCUCUUUUCCAAGCUUUUGGCAACUCUCCUCCUUUCAUUGGAAUAAUUCGUUCAGUAAGAGUAGGCAAGGAUGAUUUCCCUGAGUUACGAGUGAAUUGGCUUUACCGACCUACUGAAGUGAAGCCAAGCAAAGGCACCUUCCGUGAAUUUGCGCCUAACGAAGUCUUCUACUCAUUCCACCAGGAUGAGAUAUCUGCUGUAUCGUUACUCCAUCCGUGUAAAGUCGCAUUUCUUCGUAAAGGUGUUGAACUUCCUCCAGGGAUAUCUUCCUUUGUAUGUAGGCGAGUCUAUGACACAACAAGCAAUCGUCUAUGGUGGCUAACCGAUCAGGACUAUAUCAAUGAACGUCAGGAAGAAGUAGAUCAGCUAUUAGAUAAAACACGUUUAGAAAUGCAUGCAGCAGUGCAAUCAGGAGGACGGUCUCCAAAACCUUUGAAUGGUCCGGCCUCUUCACAGCAGUUGAAGUCUGGUUCAGAAAGCUUACCAAACAACAACACAAACACAUUUACUCCUCCAGUUAAGGGAAAGAAGAGAGAGAGGGUUGAUCAAGGGGCGGAGCCCGUUAAGAGGGAGCGUUCUAGCAAAGCAGAUGAUGGUGACUCUGGUCAACAUUUUAGACCCGAGAGCAAUAUGAAGUUGGAAAUUGCGAAAAUAACAGACAAGGAAGGGAGGCUUACAAGUCUCGAAGGAGUUGAGAAGUUGGUUCAGCUCAUGCAGCUGGAUAGAACUGAGAAAAGAAUCGAUUUGGGUGGUCGGAUUAUGUUUGCAGAUGUGAUAGCAGCCACUGAUCGUGUCGAUUGCCUAAGCCGCUUUAUACAUCUCAGAGGCUUGCCAGUAUUGGAUGAAUGGCUCCAAGAGAUUCACAAAGGUAAACUUGGGAGUGAUAGUAGUAGCCCAAAAGAGGGUGACAAAUCCAUUGAGGAACUUCUCUUAGCAUUGCUUCGAGCUCUUGAUAAAUUACCAGUGGACCUCCAUGCCCUUCAAACUUGUAACAUUGGGAAAUCUGUGAACCUCUUGAGAAGCCAUAAGAACUUAGAGAUUCAGAAGAAGGCAAGGACCCUGGUUGAUACUUGGAAGAAAAGGGUUGAUGCGGAGAUGAAGAUUAGUGAUGCAAAGACAGGUUCAAGCCAAGCUGUUUCAUGGCCUGGAAAGCCUGGUGGUCUCGCAGAUUCUGGCCUUGGAGGCAGCAGGCGUACUGCCUCCUCCUCCGAAGUUGUUUUGAAAAGCUCGGUUACCCAACCAUCUUCUGCAACCAAAACAGCAGCUUCAAGUAAGUUUAGUCAUGGUGAUGCCAUGGUCAAGUCAGUUUCUACGUCUCCUGGCCCAACAAAGAUGGCAUCCUCAUUGCCUGGGUCCACCACAAAAGAUGCACUCUAUAAAGUGGGAGGAGGCAGUGGCACUGGUGAUUUGCCUCUCACUCCAAUCAAAGAGGAGAAAAGUAGCAGUUCAAGUCAAUCGCAAAACAACAGCCAGUCUUAUUCGAGUGAUCAUGCCAAGGCAGUGGGCUCUUCUGUUUGGAAAGAGGACGCGAGGAGCUCCACAGCUGGUUCUAUGAGUAAGACCUCUAGUGGGGCAUCUCGGCAUCGAAAAUCAAGUAAUGGAUUCAUGGGUUCAGGCCAAAAGGAUGGUGGUGCAAGCAAAUCUAGCUAUUCUAGCAGGAACGUGGGGUCUGAGAAAGUAUUGCGUUCACACCCUGGUAUACCGUCAUUCGAAAGAGGAGUUGAUAUGAUGCCUUCUGAUCAUGGAAACAACCAUAAUAGACUGAUUGUGAGGCUCCCAAACCCUGGUCGUAGCCCUGCUCAGAGUAUUAGUGGCGGUUCUUUUGAUGAUCCUUCUCUCGUAACCAGCAGAGCUUCUUCACCAGGGGGUUCUGAGAAACAUGACCACUUUGAUAGAAAACUCAAGGGGAAAACUGAUAUGUCUCGCAUUAGUGGUGCAACUGCUGAUGUGAAUACAGAGUCAUGGCAAAGUAACGAUAUGAAAGAUGGGUUUGCUGGGUCUGAUGAGGCCGAUAGAUCUCCUACUGCUGCAAUCGAUGAAGAGCGAAGCAGAAUUACAGAGGAGACUGGAAAAUUUCCUGAGAGGUCAAAAACUGGAUGCUCUUAUUCUGUAACACGAGGGGUCAUGCCUGAAUCUAAAUCGGGAAAGUCAUUUGAGGCCUCCUAUAGCUCCAUAAAUGCACUGAUUGAGAGCUGUGUUAAGCAUUCUGAAGCUGCUGCUGCUGCUUCAGCUUUAUCAGGUGGAGAUGAUAUGGGCAUGAAUCUUCUUGCAAGUGUGGCUGCAGGGGAAAUAUGUCAUUCUGGUGUCAAUACGCCCGUUGGUUCUCCAGUUAGGAGCUCCCCUGUUAGAGAGGACUCUUGUAUAGGGAGGGAGGCUAGGUUGAGGCUUUCUCAUGUUGAGCAAGCACCACAUGAGCAAAGAGAACUAGAAGACAGCCGAGAUGAGGAGUUGGAGAAGCAGGGGAACAGUGCUCCCAGUUCAAAAUUGACGGAUGGGUUUCAGCAGAGCAGUAAACCUAUGGUAGGUAACAAUUUGUCAUGCAUUGAACGAAAGGCCGUUACUGAGGUUACUGGGAACUCUCUCUCUUCUAGCAAAGUGUUGCAGCAGAGUACGGAGCCUUGCUCAAAGCUUGAUGCAGGCAAAGGUGAUGCAACUGAAAUGAAUGAGUUGGGUGUUCGGGAAAAUGUGCCUACAGUUGGGGCAAAUGAAGUGGAGGGAAAAGAAUUAUUGACCCAAGUUCAUGAUGAGAACAAAAACAGAGAUAAUGGGGUCAGUGCAGAUGUCCUUGGUGAAACAAAGCCAAAGGUGAAAAGCUCAUCCGAUGAGCCAAGGUCUGGAGAUUAUGUCUCUGAAAAGGCUAUGGAGGUCACAACAGCAACAUCAGAUAUAGUGGGUCCCCUCAAUAAUGGAUCUGAAUCUGGUCAUGUUGUGAAGAAGGAAGCUGACAAGGAAGUCAUUGAAGAAGCCGGUGCUCCUGCUUGUCCCCCACCUUCAGAAACAGGGAAUGAGAGCAAGAAUUUAUCAGCACUUGAAGGAGGAGGUUUAAUUGGUGUCUCACUUAAAAAGGAGGACCAAGCCACUGGAAACACUGUUGAGAAAAUUGGCAAAGAAGCUGAGGGUGCAAAUGAGGAGAACCAACCCAAGACUGAAAACUCUGAAGGCCUGGACAGUGCAAACCAUGCAGAGACUGAUGACAGCCAAAAGGUUAAACAGAUAAGUUCUCAGCCUUCUUGCUCAGAGAAUCAGAGUGGGGCUGGUCCUCAUGAGAGCUCCAAGGAUGAUGAAAAACUCGAAAGAAGCAGACUAGUUGAGAACCCAAAGCCUUGUGAAGAGUUAUCUGCAGUUCCUCCUGUCCUAGAAAAAGAUGAAAGCUCAAAGGCCACCAAGCCGUCGAUUGCUGAAAAAGAGGGCCCAGAUGCCUCAGCAUCUGCCACUGAGUCCGAUACGACCACAAAGCUCGAUUUCGACCUAAAUGAAGGUUUCCCAGUUGAUGAGACCAACCAUGAUGAACCAGCUUUGCCCGUAGGUUCUGUCUCUUCGCCAUCGGUUCGACCGCUAAGCCCUAUACCUUGUUUAGUUAACCCUUUAUCAAGUGGCAUUUCAACCCCAAUUGCCGUAGCUGCUGCCACAAAAGGACCUUUCAUGCCCCCUGAAAACCCGAUGAGGAGUAGAGAGCCUCGAUGGAUUGGCUCAGCAGCAACAAGUGCCUUUCGAAGAGCAGAGCCCCGGAAGCACUUGGAAAUGCCCCUCUUGAAUAUUGACAAUACCCUACCUUCUGAUAACGCUCCUGGCCCGAAGCAGCGGGCCCCUCUAGACAUCGACCUCAACAUUCCUGAUGAGAGGGUUCUAGAAGAUUCAGCCGCCACCCAUCCGAGAACUGAACCAAAAAGCAUAGGAAGACUUGAUCUUGACCUUAACCGAGCUGAUGAGGGACCAGAGAAUGGGGUUUUCGCGGUCAGGAGACCACCCGAAGUGGCGCCCGUAUUAGCAGUGAGGCCUUCAUCAAGUGGCUUCUCCAAUGGCGAAGCUGCCCAAGUGUUGCGAGACUUUGAUUUGAACAAUGGCCCUGGCCUUGAGACCACGAGCAACCACGACCAUUCCUUACGAAACCCCAACAGUAAUAAGACUGGGAGCAUGGUACCCUAUCUCCCCAGUGUUGCGGGCCUCAGGAUGAACACUGCUGAAGUGGGCAGCAUCUCAUCGUGGUUCCCUCCCCCGGCCAAUUCCUAUCCAACGGCUGUCGCGAUCCCAUCUUAUGUCUCCUCCGAUCGUGGGGCCGAGCAGCAGCCGUACCCGGUCGUGGCUGCACCAGGUGGGCCCCGCAUACUGGGGACAGCAGCUGGCCCUGGCAUUGACCCCUUCAGGGCUGGCAGCGGGCCUCAUGGUGGGGCACAACCUGUGCUCUCGUCGUCUCCAGCAAUGCCUUUUGCUGCCACUUUCCCUUACCCUCCCUUCCCCUUUGGGCCCACUUUCCCCCUCUCCUCAACCUCAUUCUCAAGUGGCUUGGAGUCGUCCUCAUCUUCAGCUGUGGCACCUGCGUGCUACCCGUCCCAGCUUGUGGGACCGGUGUCUUCACCAUAUGCAAGACCGUAUUUAAUAAGCCUAGGGGAAGCAGCGGGUUCUGCAGCUGAUAAUAGUCGAAAGUGGGGGGCAGCGACCAGGCAGGGGCUUGAUUUGAAUGCUGGGCCUGGUGGUGCCGAGGUGGAGGUGAGGGAUGAGAGGCUGCCUUUGCACCGUCAGCACCUUUCUUCACAGGCUUCAGUGGCCGCUGGUUUUGUUGAGGAGGCACGGGUGUAUCAGGCAGCAGUGAUUGGUGGUGGGGCCCACAAAAGGAAGGAGCCAGAAGGUGGGUGGGACACAGAGAGGUUUGGGUACUCUUGGCAGUAGAGAUGGAGGGAGGGUGAGCAGCUAUGGUCGACUUGACUUUAACUCGGUGAGCAAUUUCUUUCAUGUCUUCCUCCCUCUAUACAUUUCUCGCCUUUUUUUUUUUUUUGGUAGAGAUGGUUGAAUCGUUGAUCUUGAUUAUGUUGAUUUGUGUUAAUAUGCAUAUGUUUUUCUCUUCAUCUAUUUGCUGCGAGAAUGUUGAGUUGUAAUGAAUUGCAGGCCAGGCA